AUGCAAAUAAUUGUUAAGAGACUUUCUGGUAAAGUAGAAGCUGUUACUGUUUCUGAGAACGAAACUGCUGGUAUGCUUAUGAAUAGACUUAGCUGUGGUAAACUCCUUGCAGGAUGUAGAAUUCUUGGAUGUAAUGAAAUUAUUGUUGACUCAACACUCUUCGAAAUGGGUGGACUUGAAGGAGGUAAAAACAAGAAAUCAAAGAAGAAGGAUACCUCAAAACCAAAACACAAGAAACAUGUUAAUAAGAAAGUCAAACUCGCAUGUUUAACUCAUUAUAAUGUUACUAGUGCUGGUAAAGUUGAAAGAUUAAGAAAAUGCUGUGCUAAUAAGAAAUGUGGAGUAGCUUGUUUCCUUGCUCAACACAAAGACAGACUUACUUGUGGUAAAUGUCAUACUCAUAUUCCAAAGACCAAUUGA